GGAGAGCAAUCAGUACUUGUUUAGUUAUUCAUCAGAAAGGAUGAAGUGGCACAGGUGUGAAAGUGCUGUCCGUUGUGCUCCGGUGCAAACAGCUUUACGAAUUUUAAUACUCUCACUGUCAUUCAUACAUUCCAACGGUCAAAGCGAACCAUUGAACUAUCGGCUACCAAACGAGACGUAUCCGCUGAGAUACAAUAUUGAGCUCAUAACGCGCAUCCACGAUGAUACCAUCGGUGACGAUCGAUUCCGUUUCGAGGGUAAAGUUACGAUACAGUUAAUGGCCACCGACGAUCGCAACGCCGCAACGGACACUAUUACGCUCAACUACCGCCAGAUCGAUAUUACGCAUGUCAAACUGUGGUACUUAAUACAAAACGAGUGGGAAAACGUAAUUUUGGAUGACAGUACAAGUUUUACGGUUGAUCCUGUUCGCGAAUUCCUUACCAUUCAUUCACCGCAGCCCUUAAACGGGUCAUAUUUUUUGGAAAUAAAGUAUAAUGGCACGUUGCGCGAAGACAAUGGUGGAUUCUAUCGGUCCUCAUAUCGUACCAACGAUGGUAAGGUGCAGUGGCUUGCAACAACCCAAUUCUCGCCGACCGAUGCACGACACACUUUUCCUUGCUAUGACGAACCUGGCAUUAGGGCUCCGAUAGCGCUGCGUGUAAUUCAUGGCAAGAAUUAUUCUGUUCUCUCCAACAACGUACCAAUUGACGUAAGAGAAAGCAUUAUGGAAGGAAUGGUCAUAACAACGUUCCCCGAGACGCCAAAAAUGCCGUCCUAUUUGCUAGGAAUUAUAGUAAGUGAUUUCGCUGAGGUAUCGCUGCCCAGUUACGCCCGACAGCUAGCAUACGCUCGUCCGACAGCAUUAAGUACACCGGCAGCUAACUUUAUACUAGAGGCCGGAUUUAAAGUACUGGCCGUUCUUGAAGAUUUUUUGCAAACUCCAUACAUACUGCGAAAACUUGCACAUGUUGCCGUACCCGACUUUUCGCCUGGCGCCAUGGAAAACUACGGUUUGAUAACAUACAAAGAGGAAAACUUUCUGUACAAUCCCCAAACUUCCCCGAUGAAGCAGAAAAAGAAAAUAGCCACAACUGUCGCACACGAAAUUGGUCACCAUUAUUUCGGGAACUACGUUUCACCGGCCUGGUGGAGCUACCUGUGGAUGAAGGAAGGAUUUGCGCGCUUUUUUGAAUACACAGCGGCCCAAAUGGUGUUUCCCGAGAUGGAGAUCGGGAAAAUGUACACCAUUGACAAAACGCAUAAUGCAUUUCAAACAGAUUCGCUUAGCUCGUCCCGGCCCAUGACCUAUUACGUUAAUACGCAGAGCGAAAUCAGCAACAUUUUCGACGACAUUGCCUACGAUAAAGGCGGAGCAGUAAUGCUGAUGUUCUACCAUGCCUUCGGUCAAGAACCGUUUCGCAAUGCAUUGAUAAAAUAUAUUCAAGAUAAUGCUCUACAGGCUGGUACUCCAGCAAAAUUCGCCGAAGCAAUGCAAUCCACAAUGUUUGACACGCUACCACCUGAUAGCCUGCCGUUCAAUGCAUCAGCACUGCUAGCGUCGUGGACAGAACAGGCUGGCUAUCCUAUUCUGUACAUUUCUCGAUCUGGUGCCGAUUGUGCAUUGCGCAUCGAACAACAAAGAUAUCUAUUGAAAAGCAAUGAAACCAGCAGCAGUUCGGCAGUACAAUGGAUAAUUCCGUACAAUUUUGCAACUGCAAAAAAUCCCAGCUUUCAAGACACAACCUACAGCGGGUGGAUCACAGAGCGCUUCCAUACAAUCAAGCCAACAGACGAUUUGAGCUGGACGUGUGACGAUUGGAUCGUGUUCAACAAACAACAGACGGGUUAUUACCGCGUAAACUAUGAUUCUGAUCUAUGGCAAUUAAUCACAACAGCUCUGCUGCAAAAUAGUUCUGCAUUCCAUGAAAACAAUCGAGCGCAAGUAAUAGAUGAUGCCAUGAAUAACGCUCGCUCGGGAAGAUUGCAAUACGCUGUUCCGUUGCAGUUGCUACGGUACCUGUCGAAAGAAACGGAUUACGUCCCUUGGGCAGCUGUUGAUCGUAAUCUUGCUUUGCUAAAUGUGCUCAUGCGAGGUACUAACAAGUAUAACCUUUGGCACAAAUAUUGUUUGGAGUUUGUCGAACCAACGUACACCCUCAUGGGCAUGACCACUCUAGACCAAGAUACAUUGACGCAACGUAUGACACGGGAAAUAGUAGUUAGCUGGGCAUGCAAGGUUGGUUCCGCCAGUUGUCUCAACAAUACGGCAUUUAUCGUACGAGAGAUAGCAGAAAAUCGACUGAAGGAUGCUGAUCCCGACCUGCGAGAGCCUAUCUUCUGCAAUGGAUUACGGAAUGCAUCGGCGGCCGUGUUCGAUUCCAUUUGGCAACGCAUGCAAGCAUCGCAAGACCAGGCAUACCGAUCCGAGCUCAUUCGAUCGCUUGGCUGUGUGGAAAGUGAACCACUCGUUAACCAAUACCUCGACAGCACAAUUUCAACCAACAGCAGCAACUACUACAAUCAGGAGCGUGAGCGCGUGUUUAUGGCAGUUUACCGAAAUGGUGAAUUUGGUUUGCAACUAGCGAUGAAGUUCCUACUCGAAAACAUGGAUCAAGUCAACCAGCUCUAUAACAAGGGCAACUUUGGCGGGCGAGCAAUUAGCUCCAUCGUCCGCAACAUGGCGCAGCAAAUCACCAACGAGGACAUGCACACACAGUUACAGGAUUUGAUGGAAAAAUUGCUAGAAAAAGGUUUUCUACGAUCUGCCGAUAUGCUGCAAGCUUUGGAAUACUCAAGUGAAAAUCUUAUGUGGAUUCAAGAAAGAGGAGCACAAAUUGCAGCUUGGCUAGAUGAGCAAUACCCUGAUCCUCCUCCAACUACUACAACCAUAUCGACAACAACAACAACACCAGCUACAACCUCGACAGUGACUGUAACCCCAACCAGUACAUUAAGCUCCGCCAAAUCGUCAACAUCUGAUGCUAUAUCUACUUCUAGUAUUUCGAUAACGACCAUUUCUUCUUUACCCACUACCAUCUCUACUAAAUACGAUAUAAUCAGUAAUGUUUCUACUUCACCAAUGGAUUCAAUCACGUCUACUGAAAAUUAUGACGAUAACGGUGCAAGCCAUAUCCAACACGAUGUGUUCUAUAGCACCCUAUUAGUCGUGGUCAGUGUUCUGUUGAUUAUGUUUACACAAUAAUUUACAGUAAAGUGUUACAGAUUUCAACGCAAUUGAUGGCAGCCAUGCACCAUCAUGGUGCUAUUAUUAGUAUACAGUAUUUUUCCUAGCUCAUAAGGAAAACCGCAAAACUCAAAAACACUGUCUGUGCUGACGAGCGAUCGAGACAACACUACCAAAGCUAACAUACAAUUUUGUAACGCCUCUGCCACGACUUCACAACAUAACCAACAAAUAUGAGACGCUAAACCGAGAGUUUUAAGAGUAGACCCGAAUUGAAAUAAGAUGUAAAAGCGAUAAUAGCCAGUUGUGGUUUUUCUUGCUUACUUGUCCUUCAAUAAACACCAUUGUUUAAUUCCUCUGUUG